AUGGGUAGAUCCCGUUUCUUUACUAGCACGGAGUGUUACCGUUUGAACUAUAAUGAAGACGGCGAUGAGCUGAAGGCAACGAUGAUGUGCACUAUCGACACAUUCGAAUUUUUAUAUAUCGACUAUUCCUACCAGAUACUCAGCGAUCUAUCUCGCUGCUACUAUGCGGCGUACUCAAGGUCGUCGUCAGGCGGGGAGAGGCAAUUAUGUGUGUGGGAUGUAGCGACUGGAGAUGUGGUUAAAACUGUGCCGAGCGGAUCUCUAGAGGGGAUGGGUCUAAUGGUAGAGCUUCUUCUUAUUGGUGAUAAGGUUGUGGUGGUAGGUGAUGAUAAGAGGAAUAAUAAUUUCAGGAGAUGGCUUUACUAUCAAGGAGAUUGGGGCUAUAUUUCACACUUCCGGGUCUUUGAAAUUGUAAACGAGUCAUCGAACGACCCAGUUGGCGGAUUCGUGGGGAGGAAGAAGGCAGAGUGUCCUAAAGAGUCGAGGAUCUCAACCACUCCGUUUAAAGUCUCCCGGCGCAAAGAAGAAGAAGAGGAAGAAGUAGCAAUCAUCCUUUGGGAACUCGAAGACAAAACCAACAACGCUACCGCGCACCAUUACACCCUUGCUACCUCCACCUCUUCUCCCUCUUCUCCGAAUCCCAUCACUUCACCGCUCGCACCCACCUACCAAUACCGUUUAGAUCAAAGCAAUGAUUCAUUGAGCUGUUUAGAUACCCCCAUUGGUUUUAAAAAGACUUCUCCGUUUGUUGUAAAAUCAAAGGAAGCACUAAGUUUCGACAUGGAUUUUACUGGCCAAAACGAGGAGUUCCUGGAUACACGGCUAAUGCUGUACAAUCUCCGAAUCCAAAGCUUCUAUCCAUCCGCUGAUGUCCCGGGUGUGAUGGAGCUGGACUGGGAGACAAAAUUGAAGGACAGAGAUGAUAAGAAGAAGGAAAGAAAGAUAUAUUCCACAGAUAGGAAUGUGAGUUAUCGGAAUAUUCAUGUGCAGAUGGAUGUGGCAGGCGAUGAGCGGAUGAGUGCGUUCCUGGAAUCGAUGGUCACUGGGAUGGAGUUAGUGAUGGUGGUGUGGGAUCAACCAUUCAAGAUCGGGACUUGA